CAGUCGCGCUUUUGUUUUUGUGGUUCGUCACUUCCGGGAGUGAGAUGGCGUGACAGCAUUGGGUGAAGAAGAGAGAAAACCCGGCUGUUUCGUUUUGACAGGUGAUGGGGGCAGACAGUGGUCCGGGAGCUCCUGCAGCCAUCCCGUGGCGUAAAGUCCUGUAUGAACGCCAGGCUUUCCCGGACAAUUAUGUGGACGGACGCUUUCUGGAGGAGCUGCGGCUCAACAUCCGGGUGCGUCAGUACCGUUACUGGGCGGUGGUGCGUGAGACGGGGCUCAUCGCGCAGCAGGUGUCCUGUGUGGCCGUCUUCCUCACGCUAUGGUCUUAUAUGGAGCGGGGUGCGCUGGUGCCGUCUGCAGUGCUCUGGGUCUGUCUGACCUGUGCUCUGCUGGGAUACGGACUCUAUGAGAUCCUGGGUGGCUCUUGUGUUCGGGAGCGAACGCGCCUGGCGGACCUGCAGAGCGCGACCAUCUUCCUGGCGUUUACUUUUGGGUUUUCACCAGUUUUAAAGACUCUAACCGAGUCGGUCAGUACAGAUACUGUGCAGGCCAUGUCAGCCGUGAUGCUCCUGGCUCACUUGGUGUCCUUCCCGUAUGCUCAGCCCAGCCCACCGUGCAGUCUUUCUCUCAACGCGGCUCUUUUCGGGUCAGUGUGCCUGGCAUCCCGGCUGCCUGGCGCCCUUCACACCUUCACCAUGCUGAGCUGUGCCCUCCUGGUGUUCGCUCUGUGGCCCUGUCUGCUGCACCGCAUGCGGGAGAAGGCGGAGUGGAGCUUCCCGUGGGCGGCUGUGCUGGUGUGUCUGGCUGGAGUCGGGGGUCUGGGGAGCUUGUGGCCCGAGGGGGCUCUUCUCCUCUCGCUGGCUCUGAUAACAUUAACUUUAGUCUGUCCACUGUUGCUGGUCCACCUGCAGAGGCACAAGGACAACAUCCACGGCCCUUGGGACGAGGCAGAGAUUAGAGAGGACCUGUCCCGCUUCUUGAAUUGAAAAGGCAGGGGUUUAAGACCAUUUUAAAUGAUGCUUCUGAUAGACUCCCUUUGGACGGAUGAUUUUGAGAGUCUUCUGCACUUUCCUUAAAGGGGGGGGGGGUGGGGUAAGAUGUACCUUUAAGCUCAGGGAGGAAUUACUGGGAAACUUCAUUUAAUUUUGGCAGUAUAAAAUAAAACUAUAUUAUUAAAUGUGUGAGCCUCAAGAAAAGAUGUCUAGGUCACAUUUAACACAAAUUAAAAAUAAAGGAAGGUUUUUUCUUUUGGUUAAUAAAAUUAAUCCCUAAAAAUAUAUAUUUUUUUUUAAUUCAAAUAAUUCCAUUAAGAUUUUUGGGGUAUGAUCAAGACAUGUUUUGUGAUUUUAAAAUAAUUUAUAUGGAAGUAGGGAGUUCUUUUUAACAGUAUUUAUAUAUAAAUUUGCAUAUUCUGGAAUUGCUUGAUUAAAAGUUUAAAUGGUUUUAAUUGGUUUUAAUAGGUUUUAAUAAUGCUAAUAUUUUAACAUACU